AUGUCAGCGAAAGUGCGCGCUUAUAAAGGGCAAAUUUAUAGCGCCCGCGCAUACCGCUGUGCUAUCGUAAACCGCCUGAGUUCAGGUGAUAAAGCGGCUUGCGGGGAGCGGGGCGGAGGCAGAGUGCAGCUCUCCCGUAAGCCCUCUGUCAGAAUUAAUGUUGGAAUUCAAGCU